AUGUUUCCGUUACGAAAGGGCGUCCAGCGACAGCUUUUCCAGACGGACGAUGAACGUCUUAUUGCCAUCGUUCACGUUGUACGGGUUGACGGUCGCAAGAAAAAGCAUCCUACUUUCUUCUGUCUGGCGGUGACCAUAGAACAUCCCAUCUCCGUGCGCCUUUACUUUGUGAAGGGAGAGAGGGAUGACGCAUUCAAGAAGCGUACUCGAUUUUACUUACGAGACGUGAAAGAAGUGGAUGGAAUCAAUCCGAAAAAGGCGUUGCCGGACUUCCACAUCACUAUCGGCGACCAUCGUUAUAGCAUCACUGCUAGUACUCCAGAGGAAAAAGAUGAAUUUAUCCGGGAACUGUAUAAGCUCUCCGCGCAAUACUUACCUGUUCAAAUGCCCGAUUUUUGCAAUGUUUCCAUUCCUGUUGACAAUCGCGAGAUUUCAAUACUUCCCAUCGAAGCUACAGAUGAGGACAACAAUGACAUAAUUCAUGAUUACCAGCCUGUAAGUGCCAAGGAAGAAGCGGAUUUUCGUCGACUCCUCAUGAAAGCGGAACUCACUAUAGGAGAAGCUGAUAAAUUUUCAGAAGUUUUAUCAUCGCAACUGCAAUCAUUGGAUGGAGCUAAUAUUCAGUCUAUGAUGGGUAGUGAAAUGGCUGUGAAUCAACUGUUGUCACUUCUGGAUGGUGCACUCGAUAAAGUGGCUUUGUUAGAGAAAGAGAUUGAUAUCUGUGAUGCUAUCCUCGCGCAUGUGAGGAACAGUGUGGAACUAAUUGAAGAGAAAGAUAGCCUGUCAGCGGUUGAGAGAAAGAAUAAAGAUAGGCUUCAGCAUGAAUUGACCGAAUUCGUAGCUGCUCUGGAUAAAGUAACUGACAAUCACAUCAGAACACUCAAGGAGGCUAAUUUGAAUGAUGCUGGAAGCAUUGCUCGUUGCGCUGAAGCUGCGCGUGCCGUCUCCCACUUUUGGAAUGGAUGCAUCCCGAAACCCAUGUUGCAGAUGAAGGCUUACGAGAAACGUAAUCGAGAUCUUGCCGUGAUAGAUCUCUUUGUGGAUCGAUUUAUGUCGCAUCUAUCCGCAAUAUUUAAUAACCUCAACGACUUUUCACUUGGACAGGAUUGGCACAGUCUUUCCAUACCUAAGCAGUCUCAACGCUUCCAUGCUCUGUCACCUUUGUCGGAUCUUAUCAGUUGGCUAAAAACUAAUAGGCCGACACCUUACAAUGCAGCAAUUCAGCGAUAUGUGGAAUCUACUCGGAACUUAUACAAACGACAUUUCGACACCUUCUUUGAAGCUGUCAUUGGAGAGGUGCAAAAGCUUGGUUCUGCUGAAAAACGUUUGAAUUCGUCAAAUUUGUCCGCUAAAAGUUCUUCUGAUAAGCAAAGCUUCUCUUUGAGCGAUGUCUCGACAGAGUAUGGUCAAGUAUCAGCUCUGAUUGAGACGGUGUUAGGCGAACUCGGGCCCAUAAUUGAGAUGGAGCAAAAGUUCUGUAUAAGGUUUUUCCAUAUAAAUUCUGAGCUGAUUUCUAACGCGGAAACUACAUCGACCGACAGCGGAGAAAGUGCCACCAUUGGUGGUCGGAAUGCUGAACGUUAUAUGAAUGAGCAAGUCAGAAAUGUUAUGGCAGCCUUGUUUGAAUCUUUGAACGGACAUCUUGACCGCUUCUGCAAGGCAAUUUGCAAACAGAAUCCAUGCAACGUCAUGCUGUUGUUCAUUAUUAUGUCGAAGAAGGUGUUACUGCCUCAGGAAUCUGGCUCUUACUAUUCUGUCACUUUCGGUACUUUUGUUGUCCUCAUCAAGCGGCAGUUUGAUCUUUUCAUGGAGUCAGAAGGCCAAGCGCUGUCGGAUAUAAAAAUCUCGAAACGGGCCCGAUUAGGAAUUUUACCUACAAUCGAACGGUUUGCGAAUUUUGUGAGAACAGCUGAGUCUAUCUUUGAAGGAGCCGAAAGGAGAACUGACCUUGAGAAAUGGUAUGUACAUCUCUAUCGCUGCGUAUGUGAAGGAAUUGAAAAAGCGGCCUCCAAUCCCAACAGCAAAUCACCCACGGCUGUUGUACGAUUUGAAAACUAUCACCAGUUAUACCUGAGCCUGUCUGAGUUGAGAAUUCCCUUCUUGGACACUCAACGGAAGGAAGCCAAAAGAGAAAAGGAAGAGAACAUCGACUUAUACGUUCGCGAAUAUAUGGGACGACCUCUAGAAAGAAUCCACGUGUUUUUCGAACUUGUUCAAAACGCAAUCGAGAUGCGCGGAACAAAACCGGAUGAAAUUUCUUACCAGCCGCAGUUCAGCAGAGUGGAAUUGAAAAAAGUCAUCGCCAUGUAUCCGGGGAAGGAAGUCAAAAAGGGUUUAGAACAGUUGUACAGAAAAGUGGAGAAGCACCUCGUCGACCAUUCCUCCUUGCUUCAAGUGGUGUGGAGGGAAAUGCAGGAUCAGUUCCUCAAACAGUUACAAGGCUACCAACGACUAAUGUCGACGUGUUAUCCGGGAUCGAAAAUCGAGUUGGAGGUCUCGGUGCAGGAUGUACUGAGCUAUUUCUCAGAAAUUGCUCAACAGCAUUGAUUGCACCUCAACAAAGUGCUUCAGAAAUGCAAAUUGUUGAAAUUGUUGUUAGGUUGUCAAAUUCUGACUAAUAUUUCUCGAGAUGUGAUUGGUAUUCGUUCUAUCUAAUUACUUCACACUUUUCAGUUUUGUUCUCUCAUGUAUUUGAGACUUUGGUUUCUGGUUUUAUUUGACACAUGCUUCCUACUUCAUCGUGACAUUGCAGUAAAUGUAAAUUACACUGUUCAUUUUUCGUGUUUUCAUGUUUUCAUUCAGAAAUAAACACACUCUGAUCC